AAUCUCGCGGGGUCAAGGUGACCUGGAGCAGGGCCGCGGCUGCUCCGGGAGCCCAAGGGCACUUGGGGACGGGUCUUGAAACUGCCGAGCAGGAGCUAAUUAGCAUAAAUUCGCCGGAGGGGGCGUGGCUGCGCCUCUCCCCAGACCUGAAAGUCCCUGCGCCCGCGUGUUCGGCUGCAGAGGCAGGUUGCUCCUUCUCCGCCCCGGACUCAGUAGGUGCCCGGAGGGAGGUCGCGGGCGGUGGGCACAGAUUCCCAACCAAAGCUGAAAAAAUGGCUGAUCUGAUGGACAAUAAGGUUCUCAUGGCCUUUGCCUCCUAUGCAACAAUUGUUCUUUCAAAAAUGAUGUUGAUGAGUACUGCAACUGCAUUCUUUAGAGUAAAGAAAAAGGCUUUUGCCAACCCAGAAGAUUGUGCAAGCUUUGGCAAAGGAGAGAAUGCCAAGAAAUAUCUUCGAACCGAUGAGAGCGUGGAGCGCUUGCGAAGAGUCCACCUGAAUGAUCUGGAAAAUAUUGUGCCAUUUCUUGGUAUUGGCCUUCUGUAUUCCCUGAGUGGUCCAGAUCUCUCCACAGCUCUCCUGCACUUCAGAAUCUUUGUUGGAGCACGGAUCUAUCACACCAUGGCUUAUCUGCUGCCCCUUCCCCAGCCAAACAGGGGCCUGGCCUUUUUUGUUGGAUUUGGAGUCACUUUUUCAAUGGCUUACAGUUUGCUGAGGAACAAACUGUAUCUGUAAGGGGUAUCAUGCACCUUGUCAUCCAACUGUUUUUUUUUUUUUUUUUUUU